AUGUCUCCCGUCGCAUUCAUCAUUGGCGCAGGGCCCCACAUCGGUGCUGCUGUAGGCACACUUCUCAAACAAAACGGAUACCGCAUCGCGCUUGGUUCCCGAAACCCCUCGAAGAUCUCCAACGAAACAGAAGCAGAAGAAGGGGGGUUCUACCACGUCAAAGUGGAUGCUAGCAGCUCCGAGAGCAUACAAGCUGCGUUCCGGACUGUUAAUAAAGAGCUCGGGCCUCCUAAUGUCGUCAUUUACAACGCGGCAUCGUUCCUCCCCCUCCCAACCCCCGAAGACCCGCUUUCCCUUCCACUAGAGUCCUUCGAGAGUUCGACGGCCGUCGGCCUUGGAGUGUUCGCAGCAGCCCAACAAGCCAUCCCAGGUUUCCGAUCGGGGGUACAUAAACACUCGCCGAAAGCGUUCAUCGUCACCGGCAACCUUCUGCCCUUCGUCUCCGCGUUGCCGGCGUAUACUUCUUUGGAUGUACAGAAGGUGGUAGCGGCGAGGCUUGUUGAGACGUUUGCGGCGGCGUAUAAAGACGAUGAUAUUCGCUUUUAUUUUGCUUCUUUUGUCUCGCCCAGCGGCGAGAUUUCCCUGGAAGAUUUCCCGAAGAGCGCUGAGACGCAUGCUCAGGUGUAUUGGGAGCUCAUUAAUAGCGAGAUUCAAGGAAAUUGGGAUCAUCGGUUCACUCUAGAUGGUAAGAAGCUCCCCUGA